AAGAGCGGGCGGGCCUGUUGCCGGGGGGCGUGUGGGACUGGCGGCCGACCGCUGCUCGUGCCCCCACCAACAUGGAGAGUUUGUACCGAAUCCCGUUCUUAGUGCUCGAAUGUCCCAACCUGAAGCUGAAGAAGCCGCCCUGGGUGCACAUGCCGUCGGCCAUGACGGUGUACGCUCUGGUGGUGGUGUCUUACUUCCUCAUCACCGGAGGAAUCAUUUAUGAUGUUAUCGUUGAACCUCCAAGUGUCGGCUCCAUGACUGAUGAACAUGGGCAUCAGAGACCAGUAGCUUUCUUGGCCUACAGAGUAAAUGGACAGUAUAUUAUGGAAGGACUCGCAUCCAGCUUCCUGUUUACAAUGGGAGGUUUAGGUUUCAUAAUCCUGGACCGAUCCAAUGCACCAAACAUUCCGAAGCUCAAUAGAUUUCUCCUUUUAUUCAUUGGAUUCGUCUGUGUCCUAUUGAGUUUUUUCAUGGCUAGAGUAUUCAUGAGAAUGAAACUGCCGGGCUAUCUGAUGGGUUAGAGUGCCUUUUGUGAAGAAAUUGGUGGAUACUGAAUUUGCUCCCGUUAAUGAAGUUUUAAAGGCUGUACCAGUCCUCUGAUAUGAAAUAUGGAAAAGGAUGAAAAGCAGCAGAAAAGAAACAUCUAGUGAAAACAAAGGAAAUGUGUUAUAGCUUGGACUAGAAUGUCUUCUUGGUAUCAGAGACAAGCUUAUCAGCAUUUUUUCCUGCUGGCCUAUACUGACGUACCAACGAUGUUAAGUGGCAUUUUCUUCUUUUUUCAUUUCUUAAAGAAAAUAUACUUCAUUUCUACAACUAUAA